UGUCGGCUAGGGCAAAGAAGUCACGAGAAGUCAACAUCUGCUGUCGAUUACGGUCUCUUUACCUGCCGCCCUGUGACAAACAUGAAACAUCUCCUGGAAGAAUUUAAAGGGCUCUACGAGGAAAGAUUGAGACGUAUCGAUUUUGAUACAAAAGGAAGUACACAAGAAGAAAUGCUGCGGAUGAAACUAAAUGUUCUCCAGUCCUAUGUUAAUGACCUUGGAGACCAGAAUCAGGUUCUGAUCCAGACUGUCGAGGAGCUGGAGAAAGAAGCAAAUCAAAAAGUCGCCAGCCUGGAGGUGAAACUGCGCACUUCGGAUGACGUCAUUAAUGGUCUGGCCCAGCAGAGGAAGGACCUGGAGGAAAGGGCAUGUGCUCUCCUCUCAGAGAACGAGGACUUGAGGUCAGACGUGGAUUCUCUGAAAUGCCUGGGCUGGCUGGACAGACACACACACAUCCUGGACGACAGUCGUAAGGUGCACAACACACUGUCCCUGUGUCUGCUCAGGACAGUCUUAAGAGACUCGUUAGGGUUCUUGUAA